AUGCAGGGCUUUCCUGGUAGUCCAGUGGUUAAGAAUCCAUCUUCCAAUGCAUGGGAUGUGAGUCCGAUCCUUGCUCCAGGAACUAAGAUCCUACAUGCCAUGGAGCAACUAAGCCCAUGUCCCUCAUCUGGGGAAAGUCCACACGCUGCAACAAAGACCCAGUGCAGACAAAAGAAAAACCAAAGCAGAGAGCUAGAGCAGGAGGUCAUGGUGAAACGCCCAGAUCAUUGCCUGUCGUCUCAAAGAAGUUCCAUAAAAGUCUGGGUUGUUUCCACAGUGAUGCCUUGUCUUAGGCCCCAGCUUCAUACUCUGAAUUCUGAAUUCUUCCUUGAUGACAGAGGGACUUCUUUUAACCAGAAAUUGGGAAUGUAA